AACGUCCGUCUGAUAGAAGCUGAUGGGUUGAAGUGGUCCCCCGCAAAUCCUGUCUCCGUCAAGCAGCAAGAUCCUUACGAUUUCGCAGACGGGGCAUUUUCUUCUGGCAAAACUUUUGACUUUCGACGCAAUCAGUCUUAGUUAACAAUUAGGUCGUUCGUAAGCUCCAUACGCUAAGGAUGCGUUGUUCGGCGUGCAAUUAUUACACCUGGAGCUACUUCAUUGCCUUCGCGGAGAUUUUCGUGUCCUUCAAAGUGGCUUCGGCUUUGCUGGCGUGCUCCCGUGUUAACGACCUGGAAAGGGAUAUCGGAUGCUACGAUGUUGAACCAAUAUUUGUACUGCUGGUUUUGUACAAUUUCCUUUCACUGAUGCUCAUCAUUGGAGUUGCCAAGCGUAUGGAAAAAUUACUUCAAAUCUAUCAAACUUGUACUAUCACUCUAAAAGCAUCGGCCAUUGUUCGGCGAGCAGUUCUCUCUGCAACAGAGUAUGAUGAAUCUAACGUCGAGAAAACAGUAGCGGAGAUGAAAAUCGUUAUAAUAUUUACCCUCAUUUUCAGUCUGGAAGCACUGGUGAUUGCUGGAGCCUGCCGAAAAAUCCGCCGAGAACAACAGGAGCCCCAGUACUAUGUAGACGUGGUCUAGGAAUUCAAUCGCAGCCUAGCAUGCGCUCCAUGGCGUUGUGAUCUCGAGGUUUGUGUCAAAAAUUCACUCCAGUGGGCGAGGCACGACAUGGUCCUUUCGAAGCGGGAAGAGGAAGUUAGCGGCGCACAAAGGACCCCAGCAAGUAGACUCCCCGAAAUCAACAUUUUUCGUCCAGACAAUAUAUACAUAUUUACAUAUGACAUUUAUACUAAAUGAGAGUUUCGUCCCUUUUUGCGCAAACUACAAAUUUAGAAUGCUUCCCAGUCAAUUCAGACUUUAUAAAACGGUACAGCAACUAGUGAUUUAGAACAAAUACAGCCUUUUUGCCGAUUCGUAAUGAACGCUUGA